AUGAAGGAUGGUGAACGAUACAAAGCAUCGUCACUAGAGUCCAUCAGGCAUGGCAUUAACAGAUACCUUAAGGCUCCUCCGCACAGUAAAACGUUUGAUAUUGUGAAGGAUUCUUCAUUUAAUGACAGUAACUCAAACUUUAAAGCCGCCUUGACAGAAUCGAAACGUUUUGGACUAGGUGACGUUGAACAUUUCCCCGUUAUCAAUGAAGUUGAUCGUGAAACACUGUAUACAUCUAUGUUCCUAUCACCUGAUACACCAACUGGCCUGGCAAAUAAGGUUCAGUUUGACAUUAUACUUUAUUUCUGCAGAAGAGGAAUUGAAAAUAUGCACAGUAUGACUAAAUGUAGCUUCACAAUUAAAACUGACAUUAAAACAGGAUUGAAAUAUGUUACAAAGUCCAAAGAUGAACUUACCAAAAAUCAUCGGCAAUCAGAUAAGGAGCUUGUCUCGGAAGUAAUGCCAGAAUCACCAGGAUCUGUGUAUUGUCCUGUUGCCUCAUACGAGAACUAUAUUCGUAGAUUACAUCCAUCAAAUGAUCGCUUAUGGCAGAAACCAUUGGAUAGUUUUCCCACAGAAACUGAUGUCUGGUACUAUAAUAUGCCACUAGGAGAAAAAAAAAGUACAUUUAUGUCAGAACUCAGUAAGAAGUGUAAGUUGUCUAUUGUUUAUACCAAUCACUCUAUACGAGCAACUGGAGCCACAGUUUUAUCACAAAACAUGUAUGGAUCUGCACAAAUAAUGGCAGUCACUGGGCACAAGUCCGUACAGUCACUCACAACGUACCAGCGUGUUGAUACUGACGAGAAAAUUAAAAUGGGUAAAACUCUAUCUGAUAAUCUUGUGCAAAGAGCAGUUAUUGCUUCCAACCAUACAUCCAAUAGAUCUAAUAGUGAUGAUAGUGUGUCAUUUAUGGAACAAAUAUAGGAUAUUGACAUUGGGGAUAUUUUAGGAGACUUUGAUGACAACCGGCCGAAACCAAUUUAAUACAGACAAACAACCACAUGCAUGCAGUCGACAAAACCUCAGAGUCAGAUCUUCUAUGGCAAUGUAACUGUUAUACACAACCUUACCAUCAACAAGUAGUUGUGAUGAAAUAAUCACACUUGUCAUGUUGACAAAAACAUUUAUUUUUCAAUUUUGUACACAAAAAAUGUGUUGCAUGUUGACUUUGGCACUAUUUGUCGCCUAAAUGUAUUGAACAUCUUGUUUUAAUUAAUAUUGUUAUAUCAAGGUUAUUGAUAUUAAAUUGUUAUUGU